AUGGUUCGAUAUUCUCUAGGCGACCAACCUAUAUCACUCGAGCUUUCUGAUAUCACAAGGAAAGAGUUGGACUUGACCGAUUCCUCUUUCUUCUCUGCCAACUCAGAACGUCGCCUGCCUACAACAGCUGAGGUGAGAGCCUUGUCGAAGGACAUCGGUAUCGUUCCCAAGCCCGUUCCUAUAAUAUACGAGGACCUCGGCUUGAUUGUUAAAUUUGGCUCUCAUACCACAGUCACCGAGGCACUGAAUCUUUGGAUGAUCAAAAAGGUGUUUGGCGACGACAUACCCGCUCCUGAGGUCUUCGGCUGGCGCGUCGAUGACAAAGGGUAUGUUUUUAUAUACAUGGAGCUGAUCAAGGGCCCUAGGCUUGGGGAUUGUUGGGAUCAGCUUAGUAAGGCAGAAAAAGUUGCGAUGAAAGAUCAACUUUCUCGUAUCAUGGAAAGACUACGCAGCCUUGCCCAGGAUCCAUCGGACAAGUUUAUCGGCUCGAUCGAUCACGGACAGUUGUUAGACUACGUGUUUAUUGAUCAACCGAAAACUGGCCCCUUCCCAAGCAUCAAAACCUUCAAUGACUGGUUCGCUCUUUUACACCAACUACGGUUUAAGCACAAAUACGACGACCCCAACCGAUGCUUGCUGCCAGAUAACGGGGAGAUCAAGCUGACACAUUGUGAUCUAAACCGGCAUAACAUGAUUGUCGCAUCUACUAGUCCUGCUCGGCUUGUCCUUAUAGCCUGGGAGCAGGCGGGCUGGUACCCAGAUUACUGGGAAUAUUGCAAGGCUCUUUACACCUGCUUCAUGGGAACUGAGUGGCAUACCGACUAUAUCGAUAAAUUCUUGCAGCCUCGAACGGACGUGUACGAUGUGUUUUCUGAGUACACAAUGGCUAUGGGGGCCGGUUUGACCUGCACUAAAAAUAUCACUUAAAACCAUAGCAUGUGCCCGCACUGGUUGACGAUAAGAUAAGCAUCACGUGGCUGCAGUCUUAUCCGGCCGACCGAUGGAAGAGCCUGGAGACUCUCCAAUUCCUCCUUCGCCCGCUGCCCUCCGAGAAUGGCCACCGCAGGCACUAGCCGAACACUUACGAAGCAAACAGGUACUCCAGACUACGAUGAUCCAGUCUUCUGGGAUAAUAAGUU